GCCGUCAGAGGAAGCGGGUGGUUGUGAGAACCACAGAGUCUGCAGAUGUGAGCCAGGAGCCCCAAGGACCCCAUCACAGAGCUCAGAGAGCUCUGGGCCUUCUUCCCUGACCAGGCUGUGCUUGAGAGGGCCGCCCAGUCAGGGGUCCCUAAGGAACACAGAGCUCCCGUCCCAGUGGGUGUACAAACUGCUGACCACAGGCAAAUACGGAGCUACCCAAAGCGACACUGAGAGACUCUCUCUGAAGAUUCUCCCAGGCCUGGAGGGUUCUGGGUGUCCUAGGACUAAGUAUGUUGGCAGACUUCCAGAAGGGCCCCCCAAAGCCCUAACCUCUCCGGCCAAAGCAUGUGUCUAAGCUGAGCCCCCGCCCCAAGCCUCCGAUGGCAGGAAACCAAAAUUAUCUUCAGAAGCACAAAAAUACAAAGAUGUGGAUUGUACACCCAGCCCUGCACCAACCAGCUGCGUGACAGUGAGCACAGCUCACCCUCUCUGGGCCCUGCUCAUCGUAUCUGAAUGGGAUUCAAGCCUGCUGACUUCUCAAAGGACCAAAUUUCUCUCGGUGACGUGCUUCUGAGAGUUCCACUGAGGAACGAUGGGAAGUCAGCCCAGCAGAGGGAAAGCCCAGCCAAGCCCAAGCUUGAGCCCCUCCGUCCAAGGCCAGGGCCCUGUGACCGUGCAACCAGACAGGAGUAGGGCCACAGCUGUGGCCCUGGGCAGUUUCCCGGUAGGUGAGCAGGCAGAGCUGUCGCUGAGACUGGGGGAGCCACUGACCAUCAUCUCUGAGAAUGGAGACUGGUGGACGGUGCUGUCAGAGGUCUCAGGCAGAGAGUACAGCAUCCCCAGCAUCCAUGUGGCCAAGAUCUCCCAUGGGUGGCUGUAUGAGGGCCUGAGCCGGGAGAAAGCUGAGGAACUGCUGCUGCUGCCUGGAAACCCUGGAGGGGCCUUCCUCAUCCGGGAGAGCCAGACCAGGAGAGGCUGUUACACCCUGUCAGUCCGCCUCAGCCGCCCUUCAUCCUGGGACCGGAUCAGACACUACAGGAUCCACCGUCUUGACAACGGCUGGCUGUACAUCUCACCACGCCUCACCUUCCCCUCACUCCAGGCCCUGGUGGACCAUUACUCUGAGCUGGCGGAUGACAUCUGCUGCCUCCUCAAGGAGCCCUGUGCCCUGCGGAGGGCUGGCCCACUCCCUGGCAAGGCCAUACCCCUACCUGUGACUGUACAGACAACGCCACUCAACUGGAAAGAACUGGACAGCUCCCUCCUGUUCUCUGAAGCAUCUGCCACAGGGGAGGCAUCUGUCCUCAGUGAGGGGCUCCGGGAGGCCCUCAGCUCCUACAUCAGCCUGACCGAUGACAUCUCCUUGGACGAUGCCAAGGCCCAAAGCAGAGGCCAAAAGGGGACCCAAGGCUGUAGCACCUAGAACCCUAACUAACUCAGCCUGAGCACCCCAGAGGCAAGUCUGUACACUGAAGGGAGGGCUGGGACACAGAGGCACAUCCAGGGUCCCACCUGCAUCCUCUGCUCCUUCCUCUCUCAGCCCUAAGUCACUUAACUUCCUCCCAGUGCCAUGACCCUGCCUGCAAACUCCAGUUCAAAUCUACACUAGUUGAGAACAGGGCCAGGACUCCAAAGAGACUGAAGCUCCCUCUGGGGUCUGAGGCAGUCAGUUCCCAAGUUUCGGAUUUCCAGAACCAUCUUCCUCCCCUACCUGUUGAGUCCCAGUCUACACCCCCACUGCUAACCAGCUCCACCCACAAGGCAGAAACAACCACUAGCAUCAAGGAGAAAAAAAAUCAUUUACAGAAAAUGUACAAAUCUCAUUCAGAAUACUACCCUACCUCAGAAUGUGGGACUGGCCUGGAAAGGACAGGAAAGCAGAGGGGAUGGACGGCUUACCACAGCGGCAGAACCUGGGUUCUCCAGUCGCCACCUGACUCCCAAAGAGAAGGACCUCUGAUAGUCCAGGUCCUCAAAUGUCCCUGUCAAGCCCCUUCUCUGGACAGUCCUUGCUCUCAGAUCUCUAUUUCAUUUUGUGGCUUACCAUCUGAACCUGGCCAAGUUUUUCUGCCUACAAUGGCCUUGCCAUCUUGUGGCCAAAUGCAAAAUGACACCUCCUGACCCCAGCACAUUGCAGCGAGGUCAGUCACAGCUCUUGGUGCGGGGCAGGGGCAUCAGGGCAUGAGAAGGUGGUAAGCCCUCUCUCACAAAGCAAGGCCACAGCCUAAACCAACUCCAGCCCUUGAUUUCCCUGCGGCCCAUAAAGGGGAAGCGGCCUGGCUGGAGCUGCUAAGGGAGCAAGGAGGGGAAGAAGAGGGAUGGGAAGGCACCGCCUCUACGGGGUCCUGAGGCUCGAGGUGAGGUGGGAGAGGCUUUAGCAGGUAUCAUCAGCAGGCUGUCAAUUAAAGAUUUGAUUUAUUCAAGUAUCUGAAAACAUUCUACAAAGGAAACUGUUAUUAGAUGCUGCUUGUACUGUGCUUUGGACCACACACAUAUUGCCAUACUGUUUUCAGAAGACUUGAAAUGCCACUGAUAGUUUAAAAACUGUACACCUGACGGAAGUGAGGAAGACAAUUUAAUGUUUCAUCCGGAUCCAGAGGUGCAUCAAA